CCCUGCACCAGGAACCUCCAUCCCCAUCUUUUUCUGCUUGUCGAACUUCAGAAAUCUGCAAGGGUCAGCUUAGAGGUCACUUCUUGCUGAAGCUUUCCUCAACACCCUCCCCGCCCUGCUGCUGCUGCGCUCAAGCCGUCCUCUCACAGCACUGAUAACAGCUGUCUCUCCCCACCCUCCCACCACCUCCACUCCCACCCCAGGAAGUGAGGCCAGAGGGCAGGGACAGAGCUGCUGCUGUAUUCUGUGUGCCACCAGGGCCCAGCAAAGGGAAUGUAGGGAGGGUGGGAGGUGCAGGACAGCUGGGGUUAGGGGCUGAGGGCUGGGUGUCGGAAGCUGGAUCCUGCUUUAGUGGAAGUGUCCCUUUAACAGUCGCUGGCCUGGCCUGGCUCGGGCCCUGCUUUGCCUCCUGUUCAGCUGUGACUGCAGCUACCAUGCUGACUCAUGUGCCUGCAGCUAGCAAGAGCUGGCAGCAUGGGCUCCCCAGGGGCUAUGACAGGCUGGGGGCUUCUGGAUUAUAAGACGGAGAAGUAUGUGAUGACCAGGAACUGGCGGGUGGGCGCCCUGCAGAGGCUGCUGCAGCUUGGGAUCGUGGUCUAUGUGGUAGGGUGGGCUCUCCUCGCCAAAAAAGGCUACCAGGACCGGGAUCUUGACCCCCAGAUUUCCGUCAUCACCAAACUCAAAGGGGUUUCCGUGACUCAGAUCGAGGAACUUGGAAACCGGCUGUGGGAUGUGGCCGACUUCGUGAAGCCACCUCAGGGAGAAAACGUGUUCUUCUUGGUGACCAACUUCCUUGUGACGCCAGCCCAAGUUCAGGGCAGAUGCCCAGAGCACCCCUCCGUCCCACUGGCUAGCUGCUGGGUCGACGAGGACUGCGAAGGGGAGAGAGGCACGCACAGCCACGGUAACUGUGGGCUCUGUCUUCCGGUGCCCCCAGCAGGGUUGGGGCUGGCUGGGAUCCUGUCCCGGAGGCCUGGCAGGGCCAGUCCCACCUGUGGGUGGGCAAAGCAGGCCACCAGAGCCCUCUUUCCUGCCCGCAGGACAGCCACUUACUGGUGGGAGCAACCGGGUGUGGAGGCCCGCACCCUGCUCAAACUCUACGGAAUCCGCUUCGACAUCCUUGUCACCGGGCAGGCAGGGAAGUUUGGGCUCAUUCCCAUGGCCGUCACACUGGGCACUGGGGCAGCUUGGCUGGGCGUGGUCACCUUUAUCUGUGACCUGCUGCUGCUGUAUGUGGAUAGAGAAGCCCAUUUCUACUGGAGGACAAAGUAUGAGGAGGCAAAGGCCCCGAAGGCAACCGCCAACUCUGUGUGGAGUGAGCUGGCCCUUGCAUCCCAAGCCCGACUGGCCAAGUGCCUUAGACAGAUCUCAGCACCUGCACCCACGGCCACUGCUGCUGGGAGUCAGACACAGACACCAGGAUGGCCCUGUCCAAGUUCUGACACCCACUUGCCAGCCCAUUCCUGAAGCCCGUAGCCAUUCCCUGCUGGUUGAGAGUUGGGGGUUGGGGAGGGUGGGGCCCUGCUUGGGGAUCUCAUCCUUGAGAUGAUUGAGGAUUAGGGGUAGAAUUCCACCCUUGAACCCCAGCAGACAGUCUCUCCCCUGACUCUUGCCUUAGCAGGAUGCUGCCUCGGGGAACCACAGAAGUCAGCCACAGAAGUCAUACUUAGGAAGCUGUCUGAGCGCAGCUGCUUGAGGGACCCUGUCUCUGAUCCUAGGCUGGGUGGAGUGGCUGGAAGGAAUGGUUCCAAACAACACCACCGAGAUCUCCCUCAGGCUGGCUGGGUUUUGCAGCUGGAAUUCUCCUCUUGGUCCCAGGGCAGGGCAGGGAAAUCUAAUUGUCCAACCCAGGGAGGCAAGGGGCUGCUUUCCAUUGUGGGUACCUGGUGAUGAGGGCAUGCUGUGGAGGGCCAGGGGUGGGGCUGAGGCUGGGCUGACAUCUGGAAUCAUCUGCCACCUGGAGCCUCAGUAAAAUGCCUGGGGUCCCUGCUGCCUCUCAAUCCCCAGAGCCAUGUCCUUCGGGAGCUGGGCUCUGAAGGGCUAGGGUGGGAGAGUGUGGCCCCUGAGGCCUGGGUAUCCAAGGAGGGGCACAUGCCCCUGAUUCUCCUUGGAGCCCAGAGAAAGCUGAUGUCAUGGCUGGAGAAAGUCGCGGAGUAAAGCCAGCAAAGCCA